AUGGGGGAGUGGGCGUUCCUGGGCUCGCUGCUGGACGCCGUGCAGCUGCAGUCGCCGCUCGUGGGCCGCCUGUGGCUGGUGGUCAUGCUGAUCUUCCGCAUCCUGGUGCUGGCCACGGUGGGCGGCGCCGUGUUCGAGGACGAGCAGGAGGAGUUCGUGUGCAACACGCUGCAGCCGGGCUGCCGCCAGACCUGCUACGACCGCGCCUUCCCCGUCUCCCACUACCGCUUCUGGCUCUUCCACAUCCUGCUGCUCUCGGCGCCCCCCGUGCUCUUCGUCAUCUACUCGGUGCACCGGGCCGGCAAGGAGGCGGGCGGCGCGGACGCCGGGCCCGGGCCGCCGCCGCGACGCCGCUGCUACCUGCUGAGCGUGGCGCUGCGCCUGCUGGCCGAGCUGGCCUUCCUGGCGGGCCAGGCGCUGCUCUACGGCUUCCGCGUGGCCCCGCACUUCGCGUGCGCCGGCCCGCCGUGCCCGCACACCGUGGACUGCUUCGUGAGCCGGCCCACCGAGAAGACCGUCUUCGUGCUCUUCUACUUCGCCGUGGGGCUGCUCUCGGCGCUGCUCAGCGUGGCCGAGCUGGGCCACCUGCUCUGGAAGGGCCGCCCGCGCGCCGGGCGCCGCAUAGCUCGCCUGCUGGAUGGCAUUGCUCGCCCCUCCACACUGGCGCAGAGGAGGUGCUUCGUCAAUUUGCGUUCAUGA